AUGACUAGGAACCAUAGGUUCACUAUAGGAUGGAUUUGCCCUCUCCCGCUAGAGAAAGAGGCUGCAAGGCUGGUGCUGGACGAAGAGUACCCGCAAGAUGAGGUCCAGUACCAGAAUGCAUUCUACCUAGGCGGUCGGAUUGGAAAACACAAGGUUGUCAUCGGAGUGCAACGAGGAAUAGGACUUAGUCAUGCGACAACCCUUGCCGAGAAGAUGCGCGCUGGAUUUCCUAACAUCAGAUACUUUCUCCUGGUUGGCAUCGCUGGCGGCGUGCCUCGCUACGGACCACCUGGUGCGGCUUCGGAGAUUGUGCUUGGGGACGUGGUUGUCAGCUAUCCACGAGGCAACCAUGGCGGGGUGUUGCAGUACGACAAGGGCGCGUGGAAGGGUCAAGGGCGACUGAACUUUCGCGGGCACACAAACGGCGUUCCUGGCGACCUACUGGCCGCGGUCAACAACUUCCGCGCGGAAGGCUGGUCCAAGACGAACAUCACAGACGUCUUGAAGCAGAUGCGGCGCAAGCUUGACGAGAGGCGACAGCAUCAGUACGACGACCCGGGCCCUGAUUCUGACCGGCUCUACAAAGACACUUAUGAGCACCAAGAUACGGAGCUGGACGACUGCGGAGCAUGCUGUGACGCAAAGUACAUCGUUUCACGCUCUGCUCGAGGACAUGCGGCUACCCGGUCGGUUGACCAGCCGUCCGUCCAUUUCGGCAACAUUGCAUCGAGUAAUCAGCUGCAGAUAUCCGCCGUCGAACGAAACAGAGUCCAACGAGAGCACGACGCCAUCUGCUUUGAGAUGGAAGCAGCAGGGGUGAUGCACGAGUAUCCUUGUGUAGUCGUUCGGGGCAUCUGCGACUAUGCAGACUCGCACAAGAACAAGGGCUGGCAGAACUACGCGGCAGCUACGGCGGCAGCGUACGCUAAAGGGCUGUUGUCUAGGAUCCCC